AAGCAUGGCAAAAACAAUUUUUUUUUGUGAAAUAAAGUCCGAUUGAUGUGCUCAGCCUGGGCAAAAUCGAUGAAUAUUUGACUGGAAAGUACUCCGUACGGAGUAAUUAAUACAAAUUUGAUUUAAUGUCGCUCUCACACCGCCCUAUAAAUUUGCCGGCAGAAAAGGUGGGGCGGAGAACAACGAUGACCUGUGACGUUCCAUCUUGCACUGUUUGGCUCAUGUACUUUGAGAUUUGAUAUUUCAGCAGAUACAAGUUUUAAUAGACUGAUAGCAAGCCGGAUGGCAAGUCCAUAGAGCCACACUCCAGAUCCUAUUUGACAGUGCCAUUGUAGGCAUUAUGGAGUACUCACGGCAAGAAGCCUUUAAAAAGCUUCGGGACCCUUGUGUUGAGCUCAGCUCGGUUGGCCUUAGAUACCGUGGCCAUCAGUCAUCUCAAAACGAUGUUUUUCGGGCUCUCAAACCAGUGCAGAGCGUCCUGAAGGAACUGUCAAGUAAAGGUUCACUGGACGAAAAGCUAGCGGAAUAUGUAUUCUUUCCGCUGUCUCACAUAUUCAAUGAGACCCAGAGAAUUUCUGCAAAUUGCUUGGAAUUGGCAGUUGACUGUUUGCGGAUAUUGAUUGCUGACGGAUGGCGACAACGCUUAUCCCCGCAAAUGGGCAAGCAGCUCAUGAUACUACUUACGUUGAUUAUUGGAGGCCCCCCAAGUAAAGCCAAUAGUAGCCAGCAAACACAAUCCAAACCAGCAGAACUGUCUAUCACCGGCUUUGACUGCCUUUCAGCCAUAUUUGAUGUCAUGGAGGGGCCUGUAGCGCAAAAGACGAUCUAUAACGAGAUUGGCACAGCGACGGUUGUUGACCAAACUGUGUAUGUCUUGCUUGAAGGGAUUUCAGACAAUACAUCGGACGACCUUUGCGUUUCUGCCGCAAAAGCUCUUCAAGCUCUGUACUAUCGAAUAACUGAUCGGGUAGUCCUGGCUAGCAUAAUGCCACGGACGGUCUCAACGCUGACCAAAGUCAUCAAGCCUACAACUCAAGUACGACGCUCUUACAAGCUGCUUUCUGCUAGCAUUAAAGUCCUUACACACAUGCUUAAGGUCGUUCUUAAUGACAAAGUAGUGAGUGCUGCACCAGAGAAGCCCUCCCGGUCUCAUGAAAGUGGUGAUGAUCUUGUGCUUGAUGAAUCCUGGCUGAAGGCCACAACGACACAAAUUAAGCUUGCGCUUGCAAAUGUUAUUCAGGUUAGGCGACAUGACCGGCCCGAAGUACAAGCUUCGCUGAUGGAACUAUGCUCAAUGGUCGUGGAGGAUUGCCGAAGCACGCUACAAGAGUCACUUCCCUUAGUGGUUGAGACUAUGGUCGUGUUAUCUGAAACUGGUGAUGACGAAUCACCUAACAAUGCGUACACCAUCCUUAUGCAUCUUGCCACCACUUAUUCUGAAGUGCUGGAUUCCCUUAAGAACUCUCUUCAUACUUGGAUUACUGCUUUCCCGAGAACCAUGCAAAGCAAUGAUGAAACAUCAAAACAAUGGGCACUUAAACAGAUAUCUACUGCCUUUCAUAUAUUGUCCCAGAUCCAAUCUGGGUCUGACAUACUCACUACUGGGCUUGCAUCAGGACUGUGUGACAGCGUUUCUGCAGCUAUUAACAAUUCAAAUAACGCUCUUCAGCCUCUGAACCCGGAAGCCUCAGGCAGUCAAACUAUAGAAGUGCUUCACCAUGGACAUCAGUCAAGGUCUUUUCCACCAGUUCUUCUGGAACAUCGCAGUCAACAACAAACCCUCAAAGACCUUCAAUCCAUGAUUCUUAGGCUUAACAGGUCUGAAUCUGGAGGUGAUAUCACACGCCUAAUCAUUAACCGGGUUCAUCAAGAAACAGGCAACUCUAUGAUUGCACCUUUUUGGUUGGCGCUGGAAUGCCUCAAGGGCGGUGCUCAGCUCACUAGCCUUGAUGAAUUUAUUUCGUCUGACUUUAUAGAACCGUCAUCAUUGUUUUCUACGAGAGCUAAUAUGUCCGAAGAAUUAUAUUACAUCUCACUCCCUUUAUUAAGCGAAUCAUUGCCUGACGAAUCAAAAGACUGGCGGAUUUCGGCUCUCGCUCUAGAGGUAGUUGCACUUCAGGCCCAACAGCUUCACGAAGCAUUUCGACCAGAGCUGAUGGACGCAUUAUACCCUGUUCUUCAGCUCCUAUCAUCGCCCAACCCCAAUCUUCAGAGGCAUGCUAUGAUAUGUCUCAAUAUACUAACGGAAGCCUGUAAUUAUGAGAGCACGAGCACGAUGAUUAUUGAAAACGUCGAUUACCUGGUGAAUUCAGUGGCCUUGAAGCUAAACACGUUUGAUGUCUCACCGUAUCCGCCCCAAGUCUUGUUCAUGAUGGUCAAACUAUGCGGUGCGCGGUUAAUUCCAUAUCUCGACGAUCUAGUCGAUUCAAUCUUUGGAAUAUUGGAUAUGUAUCAUGGAUAUCCAAAACUCGUCGAAAUGAUGUUCAAAACCUUGGCCGCCAUUGUUGAGGAAGGGACUAAAAAUCCGUCAUUCCUGGCAAUAGGCGAUGGAACGGAUAGCGAACGUGCGGGACAUCGUAAGAAGCAGUACAAGAGGUUACAGAUCUCUAUUCUUGCUGAGGAUCUAGCAAAUCGGAAAGCGAAGCGUGCCAAGCAUCUGGACGAGUUUCCUAACGCUGACGAGCAAGUCUCACACCCAGAACGGCCGUGGACCACAAAGCCUGAUAAGCCCGUCGAGCCAGAAGAGGAUAUCGAGACGCUUUUGAACAAGGGAAUAGAAGAAUCAGACGAACCACUGCCUGCACCACGCGAACCCGAAGACCAAGAAAAGCCAUUGAGCAAAUCACAUAACCUAUUGCUACAUAUCAUCAAGUCUAUCCCUUCACAUCUUUCUUCUCCAUCACCUUAUCUUCGCCGGUCCUUGCUUUCUAUCCUAAUUCAGGUAUCACCAAUCCUCUCGGGGCACGAAAACAGCUUCUUACCCAUCAUCAAUGAGUUGUGGCCAUCAGUAGCUGCAAGGAUCAGCCUUCCCUCAUCCUUCAAUAUCAGCUCUUCAUCGACAGCUCUCAUGACAAGAGAAGACUCAAUCAACGGACCCAAGAACCGACCAGACGACGAAUUCAACUUCAAAGAAGAAAUAUACGUAACCACAACAGCCUGCCACGCCAUAGAAAGCAUGUGCAAGAGCGCCGGCGAUUUCAUGGCCACCAGAAUCGAAACCGAAUUCCCUCGUUGGGAACGUCUCUACCGUCGCGUAUGGGAAACCGUCCGACAGGACGCCGAAAGGGCCAUUCAACGGCGAGCCAAGAGCCAACCCUCCGAAAAAAACACAGAUAUACUUCUUUCACUAUCCCUAGGACUCUCACAAUCACUAUCUCUCAAUACAGCAGGGGGACCCUCAGGCGCACGCGCUUUCACACCUCACCAUAGUCUCUGGCGAGCUCUCCUCUCACUGUUCAUAACUCUUCUCACACACGUCCGCCUACCAUUGUCUAUGGGUGACCAGAUCUGCGAAUUUCUUGCAGCGUGGAUAGCCCGGUUUGCAGGUCCAGGUUAUUAUUCUUCCCGUCCUUCUUCAAGGCAGGGGAUUUCGUCUUCUCUCCGCCUGGAAAUUGACUCUGUUAACAAUGCUAUUGAGGCAAUGGAAACCUGGAACAUUGACUUGACUUGGUUCAUAUUUCAGCAGCAAAAGGCACAAAUGCGGAAUAUCACACCUCAAAGGAAGACACACAGUACCCCAUUGAUACGUGAAAUCAAUGAAGACCCCUUGCAAGCAUGGUCAUCGCCAGGAAAUAAACUGAAGUUUGCGGAGUUGGCGUUCUAAGUGUUCAUGAAGACUUGGAUUAUAAAGGGGCUUGCUUAAGCAUGAAUUAGAUCAGGAGAACAUAUCUUCCAAAAUAUAACGAUUGAAUAAUUAUGUUGUCAAUACAUUCCAAGCAUCUUCAUACACUGUUAUGGGAUACGAGAAGAACCCUGGUCGUGCCAAAUGGAGUUGAGACCGAUGGCGUAUCCCUUGACAGUGAUAUUCAAUUCCUUCAGUGUAUGUAUCCCUAGCGAGCCACAGGAGAGGUUCCUUCUUGUGAGCAGUAGAUAAGGGUGUCAAGUUUGCGAAAAAGUAGAUUUGGCAU